CACCUCCAGCUACCUCGAGGCCAUGAGCACCAGCACCCUCACGACCGGCCUCGGCCAACGCCUCGUCUCGGCAUCGACAGACGCCGCCGCUUUCACCGCCUUGCCCAUUAUCUCGCUCGCCCGCUUGAACGGCUCGCUCGACGACCGCAAAGCCCUCGCAGCCGAGAUCCAAGACGCCGCCGUCAACACGGGCUUCAUGUACAUCGCCGACCACGGCGUCGCGCAGGAGGUCAUCGACGCCGCGUUUGACCAGGCCAAGCAGUUCUUCGCUCAGCCGACCGACAAGAAGAUGCUCGUGCGCGACGCCGAGUCGUUCCGGGGCUUCGCGCCGCUCAAGGGCGAGAACGUCGACCCGGCCGCGCGAGGUGAUAUACAUGAAGCGUGGGAUAUGGGCGACGACGCGCAGGUCAUGAAGGAGGGCUCGAACCACGGCAACGUGUGGCCGCCAGCCGACGACCUCCCCGACUUCAAGCCGACGCUGCAGAAGACCUGGGACGAGAUCAUGGCGCUCGGCAAGCGCCUCUUCCCGCUGUUCGCCCUCGCCCUCGGCCUCGACGAGCACUACUUUGACGACAAGCUGCGGCGCCCAGGGCACACGAUGCGGGUCCUGUACUACCCGCCGCAGUUCGGCGAGAUCGACGCGAGGGAACUCGGGAUCGGUGCGCACACGGACUACGAGUGCUUCACGCUCCUCCUCCAGCACGGCGACACCCAGGCGCUGCAGGUCCUCAACUCGGCCGGCGAGUGGGUCAUCGCGCCUCCUGUCCCGGGCACGUUCGUCCUCAACAUCGCCGACAUGCUGCAGCGCAUGUCGAACGGCCUGUUCCGCUCGACCGUCCACCGCGCCAUCAACCGCAGCGGCGUGUCGCGCUACUCGCUCCCGUUCUUCUUCGGCCUCGACUACGACGCCGAGGUUGCCGUCAUCCCGUCGUGCGUCACGCCGGACCGACCGGCGCUGUACGAGCCCGUCAAGGCGGGCGACUAUGUCGAGCAGCGCCUCGCCGAGACAUAUAUCAAGUCGGACCCGGCGCAGGAGGUCGAGGCGGCAGCGUAGCUGAGCAAGCCGGGCGCGCAACUGGUUCGACGAGCUUUGCAUGACG